AAGGAUUUUAUAAAGGAAUACCACCCAUAUCUAUCUCUCCCCGCAUAACAUGGAGGACUCGCAGCAGCCGCUUCUUUCUGCUCACUUUACUGAGGGCCAUAACCAUGAUUCUCUCCAGAGCGAAGACCGACAAUUAUUAUCACUUUCUACCCCGAAUACAAAUACUAAUAAUAAUUCUUUCAGCUCUGCCUUUGUCCCCGAUUCCGAUGACAUCCCUCCGAUCACUGGUUUCAGGAAUUUCUUUAGAGAAUUCUAUAGAGAAUCCAAGAAACUAUGGUAUCUUGCUGGCCCUGCAAUCUUCACCUCCAUUUGCCAAUACUCUCUUGGAGCCGUCACUCAAGUUUUCUCCGGCCAGGUUGGCACUCUAGACCUUGCUGCCGUCUCCGUUGAGAACUCCGUCAUCGCGGGCUUUUCCUUCGGCAUAAUGCUUGGCAUGGGAAGUGCACUAGAAACACUAUGCGGGCAAGCAUAUGGAGCAAAGCAGCUAGAUAUGCUAGGAAUCUAUUUACAAAGAUCAUGGGUCAUUCUUGGCACUACAGCUUCAUUUCUUUGCUUGUUAUACGUGUUUGCAGCUCAAAUCUUGAAGUCCAUUGGACAGACACCAGCAAUAUCAAAAGCAGCAGGCGUGUUCGCUAUAUGGAUGAUACCACAGCUAUUUGCUUAUGCUAUGAAUUUUCCAAUGGCAAAAUUCUUGCAGGCUCAGAGUAAGAUCAUGGUGAUGGCAAUGAUAGCUGCAGCAGCGCUGGUUUUGCAUGCAGUAUUCAGUUGGCUGUUGAUGCUGAAGUUAGGGUGGGGAUUGGUGGGAGCUGCAGUGGUGUUAAAUGCAUCAUGGUGGUUCAUUGAUUUGGCUCAGUUCCUUUAUAUUAUCAGUGGAACAUGUGGUAGAGCUUGGAAUGGUUUCUCAUGGAAGGCCUUUCAAAACUUAUGGAGUUUUGUUAGGUUGUCUCUUGCCUCUGCUGUUAUGCUUUGCUUAGAAGUCUGGUAUUUCAUGGCAUUAAUACUGUUUGCUGGAUAUUUAAAGAACGCAGAGGUUUCAGUGGAUGCUUUGUCUAUUUGCAUGAACAUCUUGGGAUGGACAGUCAUGAUAGCAAUAGGAAUGAAUGCAGCAAUAAGUGUUAGAGUAUCGAAUGAGCUGGGAGCAGGUCACCCAAGAACAGCAAAAUUUUCACUGGUGGUGGCUGUUAUAUCAUCAUUCCUGAUCGGUGUUGUCCUUUCUCUCAUUCUUUUCCUUUCAAGAAAUUCGUACCCAUCUUUGUUUUCCAAUGAUUCAGAAGUUAAAGAACUUGUGAAUGAGCUAACACCAGUUCUUGCUGCUUGCAUCAUCAUUAAUAAUGUUCAGCCCGUUCUCUCUGGUGUCGCCAUUGGAGCCGGAUGGCAAGCUAUUGUUGCUUAUGUGAACAUAGCUUGUUACUAUGUGUUUGGAAUUCCCAUGGGUCUCAUUCUGGGUUACAAAGUUGGUUGGGGUGUCAGAGGCAUUUGGUACGGAAUGAUGUCAGGGACUGUGGUACAGACUUGUGCCCUGUUCUGGAUGAUUUAUAAAACAAAUUGGAACAAAGAGGCUUCUAUUGCUGAAGAUAGGAUAAGGAAAUGGGGAGGACACACAGAUUCCGGAGUGAACAACAAAGAGAAAAUAACCCUUUCCUGAAAGUGAAGUGGAAAUUAAUGCAUCAUGGAAUUCUUUGGAGGCAGAAGGAGCGAUUUUAUCAAUGAUUUUCAUAGGCAAAUAUAUGUUUUCUUGGCAAUUUUUACACCCAUUCUGAUCUUUACUCUGAAAAGUCUUACCUGCUGAAGGAAACGAGCAGGAUAAGGCCUACAUGGUUAAUUUGUUUUAGAAAUGGUGUAGGGGUAUUUUUAACAGAAUAUGCUUCCAGUACUCCAUUGCAUAAAUGGCAGAUGAAAAGUUCUUGAUGUUGAA